UGCUUUGGCCUGUCGCCGCGGCGUCCCUGCACACCCCGCCCGGCCGCACCCCGCCGUCCCUGCCUCGCUGUCCUGGCUGCGCGCCCUGCUCUCCCGGUGUGCCGUUGUCCAGCUGUCCCCUUGUCCUCCUGUCCCGGUGCUGCCCCUCCGCCGCUCCCGGCUGUGCUCUGGAUCCUCGCACUCGCUCUCGGCAGCCGAACGCGUUCCCCUGUCAGGCAGGCCGGCAGGCCAGGGUGAGGCGCACCGAGCGCAUCGCUCGAGGCGGAGGAGGCGCGAUGGCUCCGCAGCGGCGGGCGCUGCCCCGCGGCCCCGACAGCGCCGGGCCGGGGCCAGGGCAGGGCCGCGGGGGCCGCCGGCACAGCAGCGCCAGGAAGGGCAGAUUGCAGCAGGAUCCCCGGGGAAAGUGGCUGAAGGCAGCGAUCCUCCUCCUCUUCCUCUCCGCCGCGGCCGGCGGCGGCCUCGUGGUCUGGAGCCGCCUCCGCACCCAGGAUGGGAUCCCCGAGGGUGGAAUCCCCGGAGAUGAGGUCCCCGAGGGCGGAAUCCUCGCAGAUGGAGUCACCGAGGUGCUGGCCCAUCGCAGCGACACCCUGCAGGACAAGUUCGUGGAGGUGCCGUGCUCCGAGGACUACGAGAGCCACAAGCGCUUUGCAGGUUGCACUCCUAGGAAGUGUGGAAGAGGUGUGACAGAUGCUGUCAUCACAAGGGAAGAAGCUGAAAGGAUUCGUAGAAUAGCAGAGAGGGGACUGUCCUUGGGAGGAUCUGAUGGAGGGGCAUCAAUUUUGGACUUGCACUCUGGAGCUCUUUCCCUGGGGAAGCAUUUUGUUAAUCUGUACAGGUACUUUGGGGACAAAAUUCAAGACAUCUUCACAGAAGAGGAUUUUGCCUUAUACAGGGAUGUGAGGCAGAGGAUUCAGCAGAGGAUUGCUCAGGUGUUUGGGAUCAGCUCUUCUGCCAUGUACCUGACCAAGCCAACAUUCUUCUCCAGGAUGAACAGCACAGGAGCCAAGACAACACAUGAUGAGUACUGGCACCCACACGUGGACAAGGUGACUUAUGGCUCUUUUGACUACACUUCUCUGCUCUAUCUCUCUGACUACUCCAAAGACUUCGGUGGCGGACGUUUUGUGUUCAUGGAUGCAGAUUCCAACAAGACAGUGGAGCCCCGAGCAGGCCGGGUGUCGUUUUUCACCUCGGGCUCCGAGAACCUGCACCGGGUGGAGAGGGUGAGCUGGGGCACUCGCUUUGCCAUCACCAUCUCCUUCAGCUGCGACCCCCAGCACGGCAUCGGGGACCCCGGGGUCCCAGGGCAUCCCUGAGUGCCCCGCCACAGCAGCUCUGCAGGGACAGCAACCUGCAGGGAGAGGAGACAGGAGAAGGAGCUCUUGGAACAUCACAUGCAAUCAGAACCGCCCAGCUGUGGGAACAGCUGUCACACACUUUGUUUUCACAGCUCCUUUUCCAUAAAUAUUGUAAAUGGUGGCUCAAGGAACAUCCUAAAUUUGUUGCAUUCUGAAAACGGUUUGACUUCAUAUGCCACGGGGACAGGCUGCAAAGAAGAGAGGAUGGGAUCCACAAACAAGAGAGAAUGGGCUCCACAAAGAAGCAAGAAUGGGCUCCACAAAAAAGAGAGGAUGGAGUACACAAAGAAGAGGGAAUGGGCUCCACAAAAAAGAGGGAUUGGCUCCACAAAGAAGAGAGGAUGGGCUUCACAAAGAAGAGAGGAUGGGCUUCACAAAGAAGAGAGGAUGGGCUCCACAAAGAAGAGAGAAUGGGCUUCACAAAGAAGCAAGAAUGGGCUCCACAAAGAAGCAAAAUGGGCUCCACAAAGAAGCAAGAAUGGGCUCCACAAAGAAGCAAGAAUGGGCUCCACAAAAAAAAAGAGGAUGGAGUCCACAAAGAAGCAAGAAUGGGCUUCACAAAGAAGAGAAAGUGGGCUCUUCAUUUUUAAAGUAUUUUUUUUAAAUUCUUCAGUUUGAAACAUCCAAACAAUCUUUUGGGCCGUGCCUUGAUGUGACUCCCCAGGCUGCUCUUACCUGUUCACUUCUUCAGUCUCUUCAUUACUAACGUGGUGUAGAAAGUCUGAUCUCAUUUAAUUGAGCCUAAGUUAAUUGAGACCUGAGUUAAUUGAAUGUUACUGUCUAGAACACACCUUCUUUUGAGAGGGAUGGAUUCUCUGAGUGUGGGAUCCGUGGGGCCUUGAACUUUUUUUGAAUACCCUGGGCCUUGAACUUUUUUUAAAAUUUAAUUACUGCUGGUUCAUAAUUCAGGAAGUGUCUCAGUAGCUAUUUUUUGAUUUCUCUUUUCUGUUAAUGAGAGCCCUGAAUAUUAAAUUGCAGGGACUUCCAAGAGGAGCUGUGUGCAAACACUUGCAUGAUCCUGCCAAAUACUUUAACGUUUUUACUGCAGUCAAAGAUUUCUGUGGUCAGGAGGUUGAUAAAUAAACGGUAGAAACACCUAAUUUAUUUUUUUCCUCAAUCAAAUUCUGAAAUAACCACAUUGAUCUGGUUUAUUACCUGGGUGUAUAAUUUCUGGAUGUAUAAUUUCUGUGAAACACUGAAAAUCUGGGAAUGUGCUUUGAUUUUUUUAAUUUUAUGCAUACGGUUUGGACUUUGUAAUGUACCCUUCUGUGGAAAUAAUAAUUACUGGGGGGAAUUACAGUGAAGAUCAAUAUAAAGAGGAAUAAGAGAACACUUGGACUUGUGAGGGCUCUCAUUGGGCACACCAGCCAGAUUAGUCCUCUAAUUUUAUUUCUUUGUUCUGAAACCUGAAAAAGUCUUCCUUAUCUGUACUAACAAGGGAGAAUUGUUAAAUUGGCUGGAUGCAAGGAAAUAUUAAAGUCACUUGGGUUUCAUAUUGAAA